UAGAAAGUGUGCUUCAUCAGCGUCAACACUGCGAUGUGCCACGCGCAUUGCUUGGGUCAUUUUUCGUGAGAUAUCUGUAGACUCUGCGCAAGCCAAUAUUCAAAAUCUGUAUAAAGACGGUCAUGUGCUACAGCGUGUGAAGCCACGGCGUGUACUUUCGGAUAAAUAGCGGAAGCCACCUUAUGUAAAUCACAACAUUCAAGUGUUUUUCCCUUUACUUAUUUGCAAUCUGUUUUGCGAGCAAGCGGAAGCUAGCGAUAAAAGUGAGAGUGAUAGUUUGAAGUGGAGUGUUAUUUGUUUUUCUACAAGUGUUACGCGGUUUCGGAGGCAAACUGGUUCUUGGCCGUCCGGGUACCUACAACCUGUUGAGUACUAGUACUUAUUAUUACGGAAAAGUACCGAAAUUCAAUUGACUAAAAUGUUUGUAAAACGAAGAAAGUUUGCUAACUCUAACAAUAAUGUGGUGUUGAAUAAUUCCAAUUAUGACAAUAAUGGAAGCGAGCAGGCGGUAAAAUCACGCUGCAGUAAGCAUAAGAAUUGCAAUGGAGACACGAAUGAGUGCCUGCAAGUCGCUACUAAUGUUACCGAGCAGAAGCAUAACGUUACCCGCGAGGUCCGGGGGCAAAACCUGGGCCUAUGCCGAGGAUUUCGGGGGUGCACCGUGUGGUUGACCGGGUUGAGCGGUGCCGGAAAAACCUCUAUUGCUUUCGAGCUCGAAGCUUACCUCGUGUCGAAAGGAAUCCCAGCGUACGGUCUCGAUGGAGACAAUAUACGGACAGGAUUGAAUAAAAAUCUCGGAUUUUCGCAAGUUGACCGCGAGGAGAAUAUUCGACGUGUCGCCGAAGUGGCAAAGCUGUUUGCCGACAGCGGAGUGGUAUCGAUAUGCAGUUUUGUUUCACCGUUCGCUGAAGAUCGCGAAAUGGCUAGAAAAAUCCAUAAAGAUGCGGAUUUGAAAUUUUUCGAAAUCUAUGUAGACACUCCUUUGGAGGUAUGUGAGUUGCGUGAUGUGAAAGGUUUGUAUAAAAAAGCUCGCCAAGGAGCCAUUCAGGGAUUCACCGGAGUAACGCAGGCCUAUGAAGCUCCAGUAAAUCCGGAUUUGUCAGUUUCUACAGAAGAAGUAACUGUGCGGCAAUCGACCUAUAAAGUGAUAAGGCUUCUUGAAGAUGAAAACAUUAUACCAAAGUUCAUUAAGGAUGACGAGCCGAUUCCAGAGUUGUUUGUGCCGGAUGAAUUGCUGGCCUCUGUCGAGGAGGAAGCGAAAACACUUCCAUCACUCUCGAUAACAACGGUUGAGUUGCAAUGGUUACAAGUGUUGGCUGAAGGUUGGGCACAUCCACUUAAGGGAUUCAUGCGUGAGAAAGAGUAUUUACAGACACUGCAUUUCAACUGCAUGUUGAACGAGGACGAAACGAUGCGAGAAAAUCAGUCCAUUCCUAUAGUAUUAUCUGUUAGUGAGAGUGAUAAAAGCAAACUUGACGGGGUCAGCGCUUUGUCACUAUCAUACGAGGGACGCUUGGUAGCAGUUCUGAGAAAACCUGAGUUUUACUAUCAACGGAAGGAAGAAAGAUGUGCGAGGCAGUUUGGCACUUGCCAUGAGAACCAUCCUUACAUUAAAAUGAUAAUGGAAUCUGGUCAGUAUUUGGUGGGUGGUGAGCUGGAGGUUUUGAAACGCAUUUACUGGAAUGAUGGCUUAGAUAGCUAUCGUUUGACACCCAAUGAAUUGCGUAAGAAAUUUCAGGAGAUCAAGGCCGAUGCUAUAUUCGCUUUUCAACUGCGAAAUCCUAUUCACAAUGGCCAUGCCUUGCUGAUGAGUGACUGCAGACGACAAUUGCUAGAACGCGGUUACAAGAACCCAGUGCUGCUGCUGCAUCCGCUCGGUGGCUGGACCAAAGAUGAUGACGUACCACUGCCUGUGAGGAUGGCUCAACAUCAAGCCGUUUUAGAUUCCGGUGUUUUGAAGCGGGAACACACCGUUUUGGCGAUUUUCCCUUCUCCGAUGAUGUACGCUGGACCCACGGAAGUGCAGUGGCAUGCUAAAGCAAGGAUGAAUGCUGGCGCUAACUUCUACAUCGUGGGUCGUGAUCCAGCCGGUAUGCCACAUCCCAACAAGCAAAUGUAUUCGGAUGGAAAUCUGUAUGACGGAACGCAUGGCGCCCGCGUGCUUAAAAUGGCUCCUGGAUUGGACAAUAUCGAAAUUUUGCCUUUCCGUGUUGCUGCGUACGACAAGUCUACAUCGAAAAUGGCAUUUUUCGAUCCAAGCAGGAAAGACGACUUCGACUUCAUUUCGGGAACUCGAAUGAGAGGGCUUGCACGAUCUGGUCAGGAUCCUCCGAAUGGAUUUAUGGAACCAAAGGCAUGGAAAAUUCUUUCCGAGUACUAUCAGUCACUGAAGGGAGGCGAGAAUUGAUGUUCAUCUGCGGUUAUGUUUUGUUUUUGCAUAGAGAGCUGUUUAUGCAAUGUGCGAACCAAAUUGCACAGCCUGCAGAGAAUUGACUCGAAAUCAUCAGCUUUGUUUUUAAAUUUUACACGCCAUGUUUCAUUUACUACAUAAAAACCUAGUUUUUCAGAUUUGUUGAAAGUGUAUCAAUUUUAUAUUGUUAUGUUAUUUUAUCACGGCAUUACAACAUUAUUUUAUUCGGAUGAAUAAACAAUAAC